AAAUAACUUUCACAUAGGACUUUUUAAAUUAUAAAAUGAAAAGUGAUUUUGUUUAACAUUAUGCGUAUGAAAAUGGAAAUAACUUGAAAUUGAAUGUUGACAAGCUGCAUACAUGUGCAUCUAAUGAAAACAAAACAUUAGUGAAAGUAGCUGCAUUGUGAUUGGUCGAGAUAAUUACCUAUGAAGUGUGAGAGCCAAUCGGAAUGUUGUUUUCAUUCGCUUUUGGUCGUGAAGCUCUUCCGCUGCAGAAAGAACAACAAAUUUUAAGAUUUGUAAAUUUUAUUUCGUUUUUACCUGGCUGUACUUUUAAUUUUUUAAAGUUUCGAUUCCCUAAGAAUGAGAAAUUAAUAACAUAAGCAUUUUGCAAAAAAUGGCUGAGAGAUUAAGUCAAGAAAGCCGUUUAAAAGUUCGAAGAAGUUUAGGCAGAAAUGGUGAAGGUGGUCAGAUGCAAAAUUUACUUGGGGAAUUCAAAGGAUUGUAUGAGGGAAGGUUAAAGCGUCUCGAGGAAGCUGAUAAAAAUGGGGAAGACAAUUUAAGAGCAAGGGUCCGAGUCUUACAAGCAUAUGUCAAUGAUCUGAGUGAACAGAAUGAGGUCCUUGUACAAACUGUGGAAGAAUUGGAACGUGAAGCUAAUGAGAGAGUUGAACUGUUGGAAUCCAAACUACAGAAAACAUCUGGCACACAUAAGGAAUACAUGGCAAAGGCACGCGAUUUGGAGAGAGAGUUACGGUCCUUGACAGUAGAAAAGGCCAGGGCAGAGGCAAUGUUAGAAGAUCUCCAGGUACGACUUGACAGACAAGAUGAAAGUGUUAAUAGGUUACGAAGCGAGAAUGCCAAUCUGAAUCAUGACGUCGAUCAACUCAUUAACGUUAUAAGCACUGCCAGAACCACCGGGAAAUGGGAUAUUGAAACUGUACGAUUUAGAGAAAUCACCCCGGAACAAGUGUUCGGAUCAAUGCACGAGCAUUUGUCACGCAUGCGAAUGUCAGAUGAUUCCACAUCACAUGACCUCAGGGACUUGCGGGAACAAAUUUCAAGGAAAGACGAUUUGAUCAGUCGACUACAGGCUGACCUAGCGCAGAGACAAAGAGCAUCCUCAGACAAUGUACAGAGAAGUGGCGAUUUCGAUACAACAUCUAGUCAAAGUCAGUCAGAAAAAGACUAUACCAUCGUAAAAUUGAAAACAGAUCUCCGCCGCACAGAGCAACGUGUCGAUGACCUAAAUAUGGAGGUGGCUAAUAGAGAACGAAAGAUCUCAUCACUUCAGAGCCAAGUCUCGGAUCUCCAUGCCGAGAUCGCGCAAACCGAAACCGAGUAUGGUUCUCAAAAACAGCUCGUUAAAAUCCUUCAGGAUAAGCAAAGACAGCACCAGAAUGAGGUUCAGAAAUCUGAUGAUGUGAUUCGUCAGUUGAGAGAUGAGUUAGCUAGAACCAAGGAAGACUACUCUAGAACUACUCAUGAUAAAAGAAUGCAAAAAGUAUCUCACUAUGAAAGGCGUAUUCGCACCCUUGAGGCUGAGUUACAGGAUUCUAAGGAGCAGAGAAGGCGGGCUCUGGAGGAGAUCGGGCAGCUUCAGGAUAGUCUGAGGAACGGUCAAACUUCUACGAAAGAUCAUCAUACGGUGUUGAAAUCGGAACUUGCCAGACGUGAUGAGACUAUACAGAAGUUACGACGAGACGUCCUUAGUUUACAGGAAAAACGUGACGCGGCAGUGUCAGAGCUCGACCAGCAGACUAAAAAUCUGCAUAUAUCUGAGGAUAAAAUUAAACACCAGCAAGAGGAGCUCCAUAGAGUAGAAACCAGAGUUAAGUCCCUUGAAGAGGACCUCUCCAAUGCAAGGAAACAAACAGACGAUGCAAAAACAGAAGUUAGUAAAAUUGAAGCGAAAUUGGCACGGAAAGAUGGCGAAAUUGCUUCAGUACGUGCACAACAUUCGGAGUCGUGUGAGCAGAUUACCAUGUUAACCAACAGUAUACAGAAACUUCAGUCAUCAUCAAAAGACACGAGAGAUGCCCUGACUUCCGAGGUGGAGAAACUCAAGCGAGAGAAAGUGGAAGUUGCAGAACGUCAUGAUGCCAUCGUUAAACUGCGAAACGAGAAUAGAGAAAUUGAAGAGAAGUUGAGGGAGGCACUUGGAACAGCCCAACACAGGGGAGAUGUUAUUAAACAGCUGAGGGAUGAAUUGAAAGGAACCGGGACCAAGUCUGAGGCAGGAGAACGUCGUAUUGAGCACCUGGAAAAAGAACUCCAACAGUUACACAGCAGAUAUACGGCUUCUGCUAGAGAGGUUGACCGACUUCAGUUGAAUCUUCAGGAACGGGACAUGAUGAGUGGACAGUCUGAGACUAUGUUUAAAUCUAAACUUACUGAUAGAGAGGAAGAAGUGGCCAGACUUAAGGCUGAAAUUAACAUCCUUCAUGAAAAACUCUCCCAGAACCAAGCUCAGAUGUUGUCACGUGAGGAACAGAUUGGCCGUCUGCAGUCAACCAUCCGUGACCUAGAGGAGGAUUGUGGGAAGAAAGAGUCGUCUCUACAGAAAAUGGAGCGAGAUCUGAUGAAUGUUGAAGAUAUUAAACAUAAAACUGAUGACAGCUUAUCAAGAAGAGAAAUCACCAUACAACAGUUGGAGCAUGAACUGGUUCAGGUCAAGACCCAGUAUCGGGAGGCUGUUGAGGAGAACGGCAGGCUGGAGGCUCGAAUCCAAGCCUUCGCCAUCAACGCACAGAGCGAGCAAGAUGUGCUUAACUCAGAGAGGAUAAUUUUACGCAUAGAGGUCAAGAGGAGAGAGGAUGCAAUCAAACGCCUUAAAAUGGAUUACGUUAAUCUACAAGAAAUCAACAAUAAACGGGAAGAAAAGACAAAUGGAUUAUAUGGUAUUAACCAACUUGAGAGAGAGGUUGAGCAGCACAAGACCCAGCUAAGAACAGCAAACACUGAGAUUGAAGCUAAGAAAGGCAGCAUUACAAACCUGGAGAGUCAGGUGGACGAGUUGAAGAAGCGCAGCUCGAACCAGCUCGAUGAGAUCAACAGACUGGAGGACCAGGUUCGAAACAUGAACAUUGAUCAGACCGCCAUGCAGUCCAAGAUAGAUAACCUGCAACUGAAUGUAAAUAACAAAGAAGAUUUUAUUGGUCAGUUGAAGGCAGAUUUGGCAUCUAUUCAAAGACAACAGAAAGAAACUACAGACAAGGUUGUAGUAAGAGAUGACACUAUACAGAAACUAAAUGCUGACAUUGGUAAACUCAAGUCCAUGCAUAAUGAAAAGCUCCAUGAAGUUGGGAAACAGACAGAAACCAUCAAAAAAUUACAAGAUGCCCUUACACAAUGUCAUUAUGAUCUUGAUGAAACUAGGAAAAAGGCGGAAGAAGAUAAACAUGUAAGGGAAGAGCAGUUGAAACAGUUGCAGGAAGAUUUGAUGGAAUCCCAGUCACAGUAUAGUAAAUGUUAUAAUGAUAUGUUGAAAGCAGAAGAUGAUAUUGAGAAAUUAAAGGCAGAGAACUCCAAUCUGAAUAAAAUAAGUACAUCAACGACAGAGGAGUUGUCUUCCCUGCAAGAACAAGUUCAUCAGUUAGAACUUGACCUCACCAUAUCUCAGGAGAAACACAGGACUUGUCAGAAAGAGGUUGGGAGUCGGGAUCAAGCUAUAUUGAAGCUUCAGACAGAACUAGACACGACGGGAGAGAAAUACUCUGGGGCGGUUGAUGAGUGUAAGAUCCGGGACGAUGAAAUGCAGAGGUUGAACAAUAAAGUGAAGCAACUUCAACAGGAAAUACGCAACCUGAAUGCCGAGAUCGAGGACCGAGAUCAGAAGGGGGCCAGGGACCAGAAAACUAUACAGCAACUUCAACACGACCAAGAAAUCACGCUACAAGAGACGCAGCACCAGAUAAAAAAUCACCUACGUUCCAUCGAGCAAAUGAAAACCGACAUGCAGGUCAUGAGACAGACCCACAACCAAGAGGUCAAACGUUUCCAAGGUGAUAUCGAGGAAAUGAGGUCAGAGGUCAAUAGUACAAAGACGGAAUUAGAAGACACUCAACAGCAGAAUAUGGAAAUGUCGGCCAAUAUAAAAUCUCUGAAUGAUGAACUGGACCGGUUCCGACAGAUUCAAGAAGAGUCUUCCAUUGAUACCCAACGUCACUUGGACAACAUAAAACACCAGGAUAAAACCAUAUCAGACUACAAGCAGCAGAUUCUUGUUCUUGAAGACCAGCUUCAUAAAGCCCAAGAAGAACUCCAAGUACUUGACACGACCCUUAGUAACUAUAAACAAAAAUACUCUCAGAGUAGCAACCAGGUGACGCAUCUUGACGGCACCGUUAAAAACUUGCAGGAGAAAUUAGCGGAGGCGAGAAAUCGUGAACUAGAGAAGGAUCAGACUAAUGACGCGUUGAGAAAUGACCUAGAUAACUUGAAUAAGAUGUUCAGUGAGAGUAAACGCGAGGUCGAAAAGUGCGAGGACGUCAUAGAACAGUUGACACAGGAGUUGAACUCGUCACAAGAGGAACUGUCUCUGACACAGAACAGGUACCAGGAGGCGGAAGAAAAUAUUAAAAACCUGAAGGAUAAGAAUCAAGAUCUACAAGCUGAGUCCCUUAAGUUUGAAGAACGAUCUAAAAGGCUAGAAAAUGAGCUACACACAUAUAGAGGGGAUCAUAAUCACUCGGAUCAGGAGUUUAUUGAGAAAGAAGAGAGAAUUACACAGUUAGAAUACACACUGGACGAGACACAGAACGAGUUACACAACAAGUUACGUGUUCUCUCCGAUCAUCAAGAUCAGCUGAAUGAGCUUAAAGUUGACUUUGCAGGAGUUCGAGAACAGAAAAACGCAGCUUUGAAGGAGAUUGACAGGCUCGAGCAGAACUGCGGUCAUCUACAGAUGAACCUGGCCAAGAGCCAAGCUCAGAAUAAAGAAGACAUCCGGCAACUAGAGGAACACAUAUCCAAACUCGAUAACAGUCUACGUCAGGCUCAAGCCCGAGGCACGGCACUAGAGCAAGAGAUUGCGAGAAAAGAAGAUCAGAUCAAACGAUACGAGUCAGAGAUAAAGUCACUGAGGACAGAUAUUGGCAACAAAACGGAAGAGAUUGAACGGUUGGAAGGUCAGAUAAAAUGUCUCAAGAUGGAGGUGAACAGUUUGACGGCAACCAAGAAACAGGCAGAAAUGAGGAUGGCAGAGCUUCAGAGUGAAGGAGAACACCUCAAGGGUGACCUUGGCGAGGCUCGUGCUCAGUACAAGGACUGUGCACAAGAGCUUGCUCAUCAUGAAGAGAAGCUUAUGUUGAUGGAACAAAGCCUCCAGACGACCCAGGAACAACUCAGUCAGAGGGUCACAGAGGUCGUCAGACAUGAGCAGGUCAACAGGAAACUUGACAUGGAACUUAAAACUCUAAAAGAACGUAAUGCCAACUCUGAGGAAGAGAUAGACGAACAGAAAUGUGUAAUUGACAAGCUGCGGAAGGAUAUGAUGCGUGUAAAAGAAGAUCAUCAUGCUGCUGUACAGGAAGGUCUUGCCUACAAACAGAAAGCUCAUAAAUGUGAGGUGGAAUUGGAUGGUGCUAGAGAGCAGGAAAAAAUGCUCACUGAGCAGGUGGAGCAACAAGAUGCUAUUCUGACACAGUUACAGAACGAGCUCCGUGCUGAACGAGACCGUCAUCAGGAAACCGGUCGUCAAUUACAGAAUGCUCGCCACACAAACUCUGACCUCGAAGACACACUAGAAACCAACCAGAAAGAUAUCAAAGAACUUUCAAACAAGUUGUUGGAGAAGGAGGAGCUGGUGAAGAAGUUGAGAGAUGAUAUCGAGGACGAGAGUAAACGUAUACAGAAACUGAAGGAAGACAUUGCAGAGCGAGACGGACAACUUCAUGUCGCCAGGAUGAACUUACAGCAGCAACAAAAACAAUCAGUUCUUCAUCAACAAGAAAUUUCGAGAUAUGAAGAAACAUUACAACAGUUGCAGGCUGAUCUUGAGAGAAGUCAAGAUAACUACAGGAAAGCUCAUGCUCAGUUGAUGGAGAAUGAGGAGAGACUACAUGAUAUGAAGGUACAGCUGACCACUGUCCAGGGUAACCACAAGGAAUCUAUGGAACAGCUUGGUGAUAAGUCCCAGCAGGUGGCCAUACUGAGGACCGAGAUGUCACGAACACAGCAACAAAACCAGGCCUUGUCUGAAGAUUUGAGUAAUUAUGAGCAGAAGAUACAUCAGUUGAAAUCAGAAUUGAAGAAAAUGCAGGACUUGAAUCGACUCUCCGAGAAUGAGCUCCAAAGUUUCGAGAUGAAGUAUAACGACCUACAACAGGAAGCUAUCACAUCACAGGAUAGGAACCGACAAGGUCUUCAGGAGCUCUCUGCUAAGGAGGAGGAAUUAGUGGUCGUUAAAGUUGAAUUGAGUGCAUUACAAGAAAAAUACAAGGCCAACUGUAAUGAGGCUGAAAAGUUGCAUUCUGAGCUUGAACUGAUGAGGCACAACUAUCACAGUGCCAAUGAGGAGAUCAAGGGGCUGAGAAUGGCUCUCGAGGAGUCAAGGACUAACGGUGACCGGCUUCACAAGGAGAGUGAAUUGGUUGUGCAGAAUGUCAAUACCUGGGUACAAGAACAAAAACAUGCCAAUGAGAAAUUAGGGAACAAAAUUAGAGAACAAAGUAAAGCCAUCAUGCAGCUUACAGCUGAAAAAGAACAAAUGUUGGAACAGAUCAACAAAUAUCAGAAACAGAACAAUAAGAUGAAGAUAGAGUUGGACGAGAGACGUAACGAGGGUGAGAGGUUUAAAGCUCUACAGAACCACAGCUCUCAUCAACAAGUCCUCCUCAAUCAGCUCCGGUCCCGGCUAGAGGAACAUGAGAUGGAACAAGAUCAGGAAAUGUCCAGUAAGAUGGCAACUAUAGAAGAUCUACAUAACCGACUAAAACUUAACAUUGAUAACAUACAGCAGCUUAAUAGUCAGUUAAAUUCUUUACAAAAAGAUAACCACCGGUUACGCAGUGACCUUGAACGUGAGAUCGGAACACGACAGACUCUGGAGCUACAGAUCGAGAGUAAAGAACAAACUAUAAAUAGCCUCAAGACUCAACUCGAGGCUAAGAAACAUCUCCUCAUUGAACACAGUUCGCCAUUAAAAAGGAUCCGAGUGCUGUAA